GUGAAUGCGAGUCAGCCGGCGGAGGCAGUCAGAGGGAGGGAAAGAGUGUGAGGUGCAGAGUCUGUGCUUGUGUUUGUGUUUGUGUGUGAGUAAGUGUGUGUGUGUGUGUGCGAGUGAGUGUAUGUAUGUGUGUGUGAGUGAGACGCCUGGCAGCCAGUGCAGUGUUUUAAAAUGAACGAUACAUCCGCUCCUCUGCCUCUACUUUGGACUAAACCACUAACAAGGACUCACCCUUUGGACUAUCCCGACUCUCCCUCUUCCACCUGCCUUUAAAGGGAACACCUGUGUGUGUGUGUGUGUUUGUGCGUGUGUGUGUGUGUGUGUGUGUGUGUGUGUGCGUGCGCCGAAACAACGGACUUAGCCCCGGUGAACAGUGGAUGACUUCAGUGGACGUGGGUUUUGCCGAUGGGAAGAGGGGGACUGCUGACCAUGGACUGAUAAACGGGGGCGUUGAGGAGGAGCGGCUUUGUCCGGCCAUCAUGUGCACGCGGGCCUUUCCUGACCUCGUCCCUGAGAGCCAGCUGUUACCGGGAGAGGUGCAGGAGCCUGAGGAGGAGGUGGCAGACGAGGGCAGGGAGAGGGAAUCGGACAGAGACAGCGCAGUGGAAAGCACCCAAGGGUCAGACACCUCCGACGGGCCGAUCAGACCUGGAGACAAGGAAGACGCACUGGGGCAUCUCUUCUUCCCUGGGGAGAAUUGUGGUCAGACCAGCGUCUCAGUGACCUCUGACCUAUCUUCGGCCUCUCUGAACGAGGAGCAGUUUGAGGACUACGGCGAAGGGGAGGAACCGGACUACGCUCCCAGCAGCCCCUGCCCGGACGACGAGACUCGAACCAACGGGUGCUCCGACCUCGGCUCAUCUGUUCCCUCUAGCGCGGGCCAGACUCCUCGUAAGGUGCGUCAGCAUUACAACGGUGAACUGAUGGAUGUCUACUGCUCUCAGUGCAGCAAGAAGGUCAACCUGCUGAACGACCUGGAGGUUCGCCUCAAAAACCUCAAGUCUAACAGCCCCAACAGGAAAAUCACCAGCACUGCUUUCGGAAGGCAGCUGCUUCACAACAGCAACUUGAGCAGCAGUAACGGCAGCACGGAAGACCUUUCCAGAGACAGCAUCGACUCCUGUGACAUCGACAUCAACGAGAAGGUGAGCUCUCUGGAGAAGAAGGUGGCAGAACUGGAGGGCGAGAUCCUGAUGAACGGAGAUGUCAAGUCCAAGCUGAAGCAGGAGAACACGCACAUAGUACACAGGGUCCACGAGCUCGAGGAGCAGCUGAAAGACCAGGAGACGCGAGCAGAGCAAAGUCUGCAGGAGGGGCUGAGGCGACACCGAGAGUCCUACAGCAAGAUGGAGAGGGACAAGAACACGCAGAUAGAGCUGCUGACCAACCGAGUGAAGCAGGUAGAGGAGGAGAACAGUGAGAUGGGUCUGAGCAUGUGCCGGCUCAAAUCACAGACGGAGAAACUGGAUGAGGAGAAGCAAAGGAUGACGGACAAGCUGGAGGACACCAGUUUGCGCCUGAGGGACGAGAUGGACCUCUACAAGAAAAUGAUGGACAAACUCAGACAGAACAGACAGCAGUUCCAGAAGGAAAAAGAAGCCAUGCAGGAGCUCAUUGAGGACCUGCGUCGCGAGCUGGAGCAUUUGCAGCUCUUCAAGCUGGACGCGGAGAGGACCGGCCGCGGUCGCAGCUCUUCCUCGGGACUGGCGGACUUCAACAGCAGGACCAGGGAGGUGGAGCUAGAGCACGAGGUCAAGAGGCUCAAGCAGCGAUUUGCGUCCCAGGACUUUCUCCCCCAUGAACUCCAGCACCUGGUGUUGUCUGGGGCUCGGCUCCGCCCUGGUCUGAUGGAGAACCAGAAGCUGAGGGAGCAGAACGAUGAGCUCAACGGUCAGAUCCUCAGCCUCAGUCUGUAUGAAGCCAAGACGCUGUUCGCCACGCAGACCAAGGCCCAGUCCCUCGCUGCCGAGAUAGAGAACGCCUCCAGAGACCAGUUAAUGGAGGCCCUGAAGGAGCAGGAGGAAAUCAACAUACGCCUGCGACAGUACAUGGACAAAAUCAUCCUGUCCAUCCUGGACCACAACCCCUCCAUCCUGGAGAUCAAGGGCGAAUAGCAGUGACUCAACUGGAAUGAGAAUCGUUCCCGAUCUCGGGGGGCCGGGGAUCAUUCCAGUUGUUUGAGCCGAACCUGCGACCCGAGUCAGGAACCUGUGCAGGAGAGCAGAGGGAACCAGAGCCAGUCCGAGGCAACUGGAACUAUGAAUACACGCGCGUCGCCACCUGCUGUCGGCGGUGGGAAGAGGACCUCUAGAACUAAAGGGAGUUUUCCUGUCUCAACCAGGGAUCGCUCCCUGACUGCAGGUCCAUACUACUGGGACUCUUCUACCCUGCUCUGUUUUUUUUAUCCGCUGUCUUAUGCUGUGAACUGUAGUUGCUGUCAACAACUUCUGAUCUCAUGUGAUUUCUCCGCUGGAAUACCCCGCGCUAAACACACUCUGAGGAUGUGACAUGCCACGAUGUAGUGCGCUGGACACGUGUACCUUGGCAUAACAACUGGAACAAUGUAACCAGCCUGUAUCCUGGUGUAAUAUUAGCCGUCUUAUCCACAGGCGGCUAAUAUAUUUGAUAUGAUGUUUUCGGGAAAUGCAGUGAAACCAGAACACUCAAGAGGCUUGACGGCAGACCAGUCCAGUGUCGCCUGAUCGGUAAACGGCCUCCUCUCUUCACGUAGGCGUUCUCUGGAGAAUGCAUGUUGACAUUUUGAUUCGGACCGGCGCGUUCUUAGAGAGGAUAGAGAAAAGUGUCAAAGGUGGUCAGAGAGGGGAAACAAUGAGAGCCCCUACGACUACAAGGGAAGCAGAAGACGUGGGGCGUCGGAUGGCGGGCAAAGCGAAAAGAGGGUUUAAGUGAAGUCGGCGAUGGUUGAGAGAAGGUGAAUUGUUUUGAUUUAAUUCUUGAGAACGUGUCUUCCAGCGAGCGUGCGGUGUCAAUCAGUCCGAUAGUGAAUCACCGUGAAGUGGCCCUUAGUCGGUUCAGAUGAGCGUCACUUUAAGCAGAAGCUGCUACCGAGGAGUGUCUUUAAGAUGUGACUUCCAUUGCUGCCGUUUGCCAGCAGUGCUUUGGCUUGGGGGGGAAAAAAAAGAAAAGGAAGUACGAGCAGUUGCUAGCAGGAGAUCCGAUGACGCUGCACAGAAAUGUAUGGAUAUGAAUGUAGUGUGGUGACUGGUGGCCAGUGUCACGUGGGUCACCGAGCCAACUCUGGAUGCUCAGUGAAAUCAACUCAGAUAUUGUACGUGAGCAGCACAGGAGACUCACUUUGUGGUACAACAAAACAAACAAACAAACUGGAAUUGGCGAUGUCAUUGAGGCCUACGGGUUGCAGAUCGUUUUUAAAAGCCCCCCUGAAACCCUCUUAAUACUGUAAAUAUCAUGAAUGUACAACUGGAUAUUUCCCCUCUCUGUCAAGGCCGAAAAAUAGCCUUUUGACUCUGAAUCGCUGUAAUUGUCGUACGGUACGUUGGACCACACACGUACAGUAUUCGGUACUGUAAUGAAGAGGGCGUUGUUCAGGGGAAAGGAAACGAUUACAUUCUGCUGUAUUACGUAAUUACUCCAAACUUAAGUUUUGCUUCCUUGCACAAAAAAAAACAAACAACUACUUUGUUUCUGUUUGCAUGGUUCACCUUUUUUUUCUUCUGUCUGUGCCUUUUUUUUUUUUUUAAGGACAUUUUUUUUCAAGACGACGUCGCUAUAGAUUCACAUAGUUUUCCGAGGGUACGUUCUAUGUCUACGUCCGACAUAUUUCCUUGACUUGUAAAUGUUGUAAUUAUAUAGUGAUACUUUGUAUUCAUGUGCCACUCACCACUCUUUUUUCAGAUUGAUACUACAAAAACUAUUUUCUACAGUUUUAUCAAGAAGGAACCGGCAAGUUGCGUUUAGGUUUCCUAUUAGAAAAGCGGUGUAGCACAAUGUUUUGUGUGGCACGCAGGCCAGGUUAGCGUUUUGGGAAUAUUUUGUCAAUGUGAUGAUUUUUUAUUUUUUAUGCAGUCAGGAUUUAAUGUUUCAGUUCACGGUAAGUCCAUUGCUUUUCAAUCUGCUUUAAAAUUGCUUUUAUAUGGUUGUAAACUGUCUUCCUAACUUAAACUAAAUGGUGAGCAUUAUGAGCAAUAUUAACUUAUUUACCAAUACCUGCUGAUUUGUGUCUUGUUUUGCUUCACACCAUCUUUGUUCCUCUAUAGCUGCUCUAGCUGCUCCAGAUGGGAGAAAAAAAGAAUACGCAGCACAAUAAGCUGUACAAUUUGUCACAAACCCAUUUUAUGUAGCUCUUAAAUUUGGAAUAAUUAGGGCUAUCUUAUACAAUGUAGUCACUAUAAACAGCAAUAAAAAUGGCUUUGGCAGUGA